GGGCCAGAUCCUCAGCUGGUGCAAAUGGGUGUAGCUCCAUUGACUUCCGUGGAAUGAUUUGGAUUUAUACUAACCAAGGGGACAAAAGUGACUCUGAUUACUCCAGCACAGUCAACUGACAGCUGUGAGGAUCUGGCCAGUUCUGAGUCUGACCGCCUAGGUUCUCUGUUUGAAAGAGCGUUCUGAGUCAUAGCACCAGACCUCAGAAGUGGCCGUAAGCCCAAACAGAGAUAAACAGGCACAUACAGCACCAGUCACCUGGCCACCCCCAUGUCUGUGCUAACAGGCUUUACCACUGAAAGCUCAUUUGUCUUCCACAAAAAUAAAAGUCCGGAGAUGGACCAGAAAACUCACAGGGCACAGGACUCUCCCCACCCCUCAAACGAAGGGAAGUUGAGAUGAUGAGAAGGGAAGUGCCUAAAGUCACCCCGGACAUCUGAGAACAGAACUCAAAUCUACUUCCUCCCAGUCCUCUGCUUAACCACAAGACUGUCUUUUGUGUAAGUAGAUUAGCUUCUUUCCCGCCAUCAGCAACUGGCCCCCGCAUUCACCACUGUAUGUGAACUGAAUAUUGUGUGUGCCCGGAAAGCUAUUGAUCUGCAGCAUCAGACAGCAGCCUUUUCUCACUGAGGGCCAGCUCUUUCCCAGCUUCUAACACGUAAUUUGGAUCCCAGUCUUUCACGUACCACACACUCCCCACCUGCUCAUCUGGGAGAAGGUCAUUAUCCCCCAGCUAUUCACUGGCAAUGGAGCGUGCAAGAAUAGAUGCUUCAUCUAUUGUCCUGCUUAUCUCUGAUUGGCUCUGGAGUGUGGGAAACUCAACCAAGUCAGAGACCCACAGAUUCUGAACAAGGUUGUGCAGUAUAAAUAUAAGGCAGAGUCAGCUUCCAGCAGCACACUUCCACACGACUUCAGUACAACUGAGAUCUGUCUCCUUAGCUCAGGACAGAUGGCCCCCAGCGCUGUUUUCAUGGAGCACAACAACCUGCUGACACCAAAAGAGAAAAACAAACUGAGAAAGCCGGUGGUGGAGAAAAUGCGCCGGGACCGGAUUAACAGCAGCAUCGAGCAGCUGAAACUCCUGCUGGAGAAGGAGUUCCAGAGAUACCAGCCCAACUCUAAGCUGGAGAAAGCCGACAUCCUGGAGAUGACUGUCAGCUACUUGAAACAGCAGAGCCAGCUGCAGAUAAAGACUGCAGGAUCCAUCCAUAAAAACUCUCAGUUCGACUUCAAGGAAGGAUACUCUAGGUGCCUGCAGGAGGCUUUCCAUUUCCUGUCUCUUCAUAAAGUCCAAACAGAAACGCAGAGCAAGCUCUUGAGUCAUUUCCAGAAGAGCCAGUUGGCUGCCCCAGAGGUCAUCUGCUCCCCUUCCAGCCAGAACACCCCAAAGCAAGCAUCCCUGAAGAAUGCUCUCUGGAGACCCUGGUAGACUGUGGGAGGGGGGACAGGAAACGCUUGCUCUAUGGACCUUUGUCUUUUAUAUUCCAGAGGAUGGGUGUGACUGCAGCUGAUAGUCACACCCUGAUCCUCUCUAUGUAGGGAAUAUUAUUUCCCAUUUCAUUUAUGUGUGGAAAGAAUGGGAUACUUUUGAUUCUUCAGUUUCAUGUGGGAUCCUGUGGAAAAGGUUCAGGUAUUCUGUUGAGUGGUAUUUAAGCUGUGGAGACACUGGUGAUAGCAAUGUACACCAGGGCACCCAGUCUAGGGGCACGUGCCUUCAUAAUGAAGGAGGUUUUUGUAGGUGGCUAAAUGUUAUCAGUGUUACAGUUGUGUUAAGACUGUAACAGAUAACAAUCUCUGUAGGAGAGAAUUCUCUAAUUUUGCUUGUAAAAGCUGUCAGCUUUGCUCCCACUUUCCUAGCAACCUGUUCUCACUCUGAUUUAGGACGAAUUUGGUACCUCACUGUUGAUGAAUGGUUUUCCAAGUUAUCUUCCCCUCUCUUUGCUUGCAGCUCUUGCUUAGCAGCAGCGAUAGAUUCCUAGCUUCCGUUCACCCGUCACACUGUAGGGCUAGCAAGAGGUCACUAGAUAAAACGAUGGGGGAUAUUUCUAUCAUUUUGCUGCUUUUUCUGUUUAGGAAAAUAAUAUUUUAAUGCUUUAUAUUAAAGACAAAAGGAAGUAGAUGCAAGGUUUGGUAGUUCAAUGUUAUACAUUUGGGCUGUCAGCCUAGCUCUUUCCAGCAUGUUCAUUAUUAUAAUGAUUGUUCUCUGUACUGAACGAUUUCAUUCAUUGUGGAUGGUGAGUUUCUCCCAUGCCUGGGAAUGGCCCUGUGGGCUCUGUGCAUACUAUGUAUGCAUCUGUAUCACGUGUUUGU